AUGGAGACUCCGCCUAUUCGAAGCGCCUCAAGCAUGGACGGCGAUUCCGCCCCCGUCUCCUCGGUCGGGCACUUGAAUGAUAUACCGUCUCAAAACCAACUCGAUAUGUUGGAGCUGACAACCUCCUUUAUCUGCCAGCAGUGUCGUGAAAUGGAGCUUUCAUCUCGGUUCCACGACUUCAAAGAAGAGCAGGGCAGAGCGCACCCCAUGUUUAUAACUAAUAGGACAGGUCUUGACCCAGAUUGUGCCCUGUGUCAGCUUUUCGCUGCCAAGGUGCACCCUGAUACCUGCAAGGAGAUGUUCUAUUCUGAUAUCCUAUGGCAGCUGCGGUCUUUCAGCACACGAUACGGCGGGACUGGUGACCGCGAUUACCACAAGGCUAUCGAUAGCGAUAUCUACUACUCAGACGGACUCUUGGUGUUUGCCUUGACAGAGGAUGUAAGGAACGUCCUUUCUGGGCCUGGGACAAAGGACGAGACAACCGACGAGCUGUCGGCUGAGGGCCAAAACUCCAAUCUUGAAGACUCUGAUGAUGAAGAGGAGGAAGAGGAGGAACACCUUCUCGAAGAUGAUGAACUCUCCACGACUGAGUCGUCCAACGCAGAUGAGAAUUCGUCUGAUGACGAGUCCUGGCCCGAGCGCGAGAACCGACCAUACGGUGGUUCUGUGGAGGUCGGUUAUAUCAAGGUGAUUGAUUGCGAGACGUUCGAGGUCGUGGGACGAACGAACACCAUGAAGUAUGUUGCUCUAAGCUACACUUGGAACUUGGCAAACGGUGACAUGGUGUCGCUGCGUAGUAACGGCACAGGAUCACCCACGGCUCCAAACAGUAAGGCGCUUCCGCCUCUGAUACCCAGGGUCGUUCAUGACGCCAUGACGGUGGUCACGGAGAUUGGCCACCGCUAUCUCUGGGUUGACCAGUUCUGUAUCAACCAAGCGCUCAAGGAAGAGGUGGCCGACCAUGUCUCGCGAAUGGAUCUGAUCUACUCCGCUGCCGACCUGACUCUAAUUGCCGCAAGCUCGAAAGGAGCACUACCGGGUGUGGGUAGUACGCCCAGAAUAUGUCAACAGGUCCUCAAUAUCAGCGGAUCAGAUGAUAAGGAGCAUCCAGUACAGAGCGGGAUGACUCUGUUCACGGCUCCUCCUCCGACUGCGACCUUCAUCGAGCAAACAGCCUGGUACACCCGAGGCUGGUGUUUUCAAGAGGCGAUACUUUCGCCUCGACGUUUAUACUUCACAGAUCGCGAGAUGUUGUUCGAAGCCGAAGGUGUAAGCUGCAGCGAUUCGUUCCCGGAACCGCACUGGGUGCUGAAUGAUCAAUUCCGCGUCUACGAUGAAGAUGCGUCGCUGACAACGACACGGUCGUGGAUCCAUCGCCUUCCCCGUUGGCGCAUGGAUAACCAGUACGGGCUGGGCCACCCAUGCGGGCUCUUUUGGGCGGAACUCAAUUUCUACUUGGAGCUGCUCGGCCACUCCAGCGUCAAGGAUCUGACCAUACAGUCUGACGCCAUUCGCGCAUUUCAGGGGGCCAUGAAGGCGUUUUCCCGAGCAGAUCCCAACUUCUCGGUCUACCAAGGCAUACCUGCCUUACACAUCCCUGAGCACAUUCUUCAACGCCGAUCGACAGAAGUGCAAGAGAAGUUACGAGAUUUCCAGAAGAUGGUCUUCGUCCUUGCACUAAGCUGGAUGUUCAGUGAUAUUCCCGAUCUUCCGACUUACAACAGGAACCCAAUUCGGCGUCCCGAUUUCCCGUCUUGGAGUUGGGCGGGCUGGACAGAAGCGACUUAUUUCCGUCGCCCAGGAGCAGCUUUCGACGGGUCGGAUUUCGUUCCGGCUAUAGACGUUCAGGCCGUAGAGAGCGGCACUGGCAAGGUGGUUGACUGGGAAUUUGCACCGAUCCACUUCGCCGAUGAGCUCGAGGAAGCGAAGUUCCUGAUCGGCGAAGGCAUCAUUGUCCCCAGAAGCGCGUUUAUGCUCGGAUCAGUCUGGUACAAACUGUCUGAUGAUGAUAAGAAUGGCCCUUACCGCAUGAUGUGGCACAUGGGCAGGUUCCUCGCAGAUGUCAACGAGCAGUCUGAGCAACUCCUCAGCCAACACAUGGACGACGGCACGUGGGCCUGUCUGGCGCUGAACGAAAACAGCCGGGCCACUCGGGCAGAGCUCAUGAUCGUCAGUUGGGAGGUCGAUGAGCGCGAGAUGAUUUACAAGGGCCGAGUCCUGAAAACGUGCUCGCGGGCCGAUGCACCAGACUUCGCGCAGGGCCUCGACCAGCCCAGGUGUCUAAUCGGCGAGGCCAAACUGGUAGACAUCGACGAGAUCAUACCCAAGUCCACAUGGCGGGAAUUUACAGACCACGAGAAAGCGCACGUCGUCAAAAGGUGGCGAAUCAGCAGCUGGAGCGCGAGCGCGGUUCAGCCCCGUCCUUUCGGAAAUGUGCACGCUGCCGACGGAAUCGAGGCCAUCCAGCACACACAUGACGGCUCCUGGGCUUGUCUGACGAUGCGUUUGAUCUGGGACGAGCACCGCAAUACCUGCAAUGCGAAGUUGCCCGUGGUCUCUUGGGAGGCGGACGAGGAACCCAGGUCUUAUGGGAGGCGGCAGCUGCGGACGUGUUCUCGUGUUGGCCUGCUCGACAUCUUCCGCAAAGCCAUUGUAGAUGAGCGCGGAUCGGACUUCGUCACUGAGGGCUAUGGUGCUCUUCGCAAGACACGUUUUAGACUGGAUAGGGCCUUGUCAUGCUCUCUGGAAGGACCAUGCCUCUUCCAGGGGCAUUGCACGACACUUUCUGGGUCUUCCGUGGAAAGUAAGAAGGGUCUAGGAUCGUUACCGCCGCUAGCGUAG